AUGGGGUUUCGUGCGUCACUUGCCCUCACCGCAUUCUUUGUGAUUUGUGACCUUGCGCUGUUGAGUGUUCGCUUCUCCUUCAGUAGCGGUGGGACUGUUGGGUACAUUCUCCUCGCUCUACAAGAGGCCGUGCUUCUGGUACUUGCCGUGUUGCUUGUCUCCUUCGUUCUUCGCACCUAUUGGCUGCUUGUGGGAUCACUUCGAGAUGCCGUGCGACCGCUGAAAGUGGUAGGGCCCUUGUGGGUUUUGCGCAUUGUCUUGACAUUUCUGCCUACGCUGUACAGAGAAGUUGUUUUGCCGCCUCGUCGCCAUGAGGGAAGUGGCAACCGUCGGCCCGCACGUGCGUGGAGAGAUGUAGGCUACGGUGUGCUCUGCAGCCUUCACGUGGCCCUCUUUCUCUUUUUCACCCUGGCGCUCCUGCACGUCAUCUGCUACCUGAGCGCGAAGGCACUGUACCCUCGCUGUGGGCAGGGCUGCCGGGCGCAGGUGUCGGCAGCCGCCGCCGCCGCCGUGCUAGACCCCCGUCGCAGUGCCAGAAGCAGCAUCCAACACAAUCCUUUCUCCCGUCGCAGUUGCGACGAUGGGACGUUUUCGUUGGCCGACGCCACGUCGCAGGGAAUGCCAUGGGUGACCUUCACCCCGCGUACACCAACGCUUGCUGUGUUUGACGACACGACUCGGAACGGAGCCAACUAG